CUAUCCACUUUCUUGGACUGAUAAGUCUAAAUAAAUAACAAGCAGUAACAGUGGCAGCACAGCACUACCCGAUACGGAUGGCCACCAACAAAGCCGCCGUCAUAGCUUGGGGUUCUGGUGAAGACGGCCAGUUAGGAAUAGGCAACAAUGAAGAGAGAGAAUGGGUUUGCACCAUCACCUCCCUCCGCUCCCAAAACGUCUGCUCUGUCGUCGCGGGAAGCCGCAACUCUCUCGCCAUUUGUGAAGAUGGCAAGCUGUUCACAUGGGGCUGGAACCAAAGGGGGACGCUAGGGCAUCCGCCAGAAACGAAAACCGAGAAUGUUCCUAGUCAAGUUAAGGCUCUUGCCAAUGUCAAAAUCGUUCAGGCUGCUAUUGGUGGUUGGCACUGCUUGGCUGUUGAUGAUCAGGGUCGAGCUUAUGCGUGGGGUGGUAAUGAGUAUGGACAGUGUGGUGAAGAGCCUGAGCGUAAGGAUGAUACAGGCAGACCAGUUAGAAGGGAUAUUGUCAUUCCACAGAGAUGUGUACCCAAACUUUCAGUUCGUCAGGUAGCUGCUGGUGGCACACAUUCAGUUGUUCUAACAAGAGAAGGACAUGUAUGGACAUGGGGCCAGCCAUGGCCCCCUGGAGAUAUUGAUCUCAUGAUAUCUGCACUAGUGGCUGACUCAGAUUUAAACCACUUUUGCAGAAAACAAAUUUCCACUCCGGUUAGAGUCCAAGGCCUUGAUAAUGUGAAAGUGAUUGCAGUUGGAGCUUUUCAUAACUUGGCUCUGCUUGAUGACGGAACUGUAAUGGCAUGGGGGAAUAAUGAGUAUGGUCAACUUGGUACUGGUGAUACCCAGCCUAGGUCGCAGCCUAUUGCAGUCCAGGGUCUCUCAGAUCUGAAAAUGGUUGAUAUUGCUGCAGGGGGAUGGCAUUCUACUGCAAUGACUGAUGAUGGAGAGGUUUACGGUUGGGGAAGAGGGGAACAUGGGAGGCUCGGGUUCGGGGAUGACAAGAGCAGCAAAAUGGUUCCUCAAAGGGUUCAACUUCUGGUGGGCGAGGACAUUGUGCAGGUUUCAUGUGGAGGCACCCACUCCGUAGCAUUAACACGCGAUGGCCGCAUGUACUCUUUUGGGAGAGGAGACCAUGGUCGUUUGGGGUAUGGAAGGAAGGUAACAACAGGGCAUCCUGCUGAGGUUCCUAUAAACAUUCUCCCACCUCCUAAGGCUCUUGAUGGGGCUGAUGCUGAGGGUCGUUGGUGUGCUACGCUCGUUGCCUGUGGAGGCCGCCACACGCUAGCAGUUGUCGAAUGGCGUGAUCAUGAAUUCCAACAGAUGCUCUGAUGACGUUUUAAUCCUAGUGGACAACACUUCAUCUUGUAUCAUAGUUGGAUAAAGUUGAGAAGAUCAAUGGAGGAGGUAAGAAAUAUUUGUACUUUAAAAGAGCCAUGUUUUUUAGUGUUUGGGACAAGCUAGCUUCUGAGAAGUUUUUCUUGCAAGUGAAUACUGUUUAUGGACUGGGUGUUAAUGAUAUCACAGUAACCUAUGGAUUGCAGCUGUUAUUUUCUUGCCUCUGAUCUUAGGUAUUUGGAUGAUUUGUGAGAGUAUGCAUGUUCUUGCAUCUUUCCAUUUAGCUAUCAUUUGUUGAAUAUAUUACGUAGGUUGUCACGGUCUCUUCUAUCACCGUCAUAUUAUAUUUUGACUGAGAUGUCAAUGUGUGCAUCCCACAUGCAAAUUCAAGGAAUCAUAGUGUACUUGUUACAGUUGUUUGCUACAGUAUGUUGAAAUGUACAAUUCAAGAAAUCAUAGUAUAAAUCGAGCCUCAAAACAAAAGAGCUUGACAAUAACCUAACUACACUUUGUCGACUCUUGUGGUUGCGUAUAUUACUUGAUGUUUGAUGCCAUUCCUCAGUAUACACGAUUAACUGUUAAGAGACGGUCCAUAUCUGCUGCUAAAGUAUUCC